AUGGCCCCCUCAACCACCACCGAAACCAUCCCCUCCACCAUGUCAGCCAAAGGCCCGCAGACGUCGCAGUCUGCUGGCGCCGAAUCAGCCAAGGUUAAAAUGCAGAUGCCCACGAUGCCGAAAUUCGAGACAAAGCUUGAAGAGCGCGAGUAUCUCAAGGGUCGACUCGCUGCUGCGUUCCGUAUUUUUGGGAAAUUUGGCUAUGACGAAGGUGUCGCUGGCCACAUCACGCUCAGAGACCCCGUUGACCCAACGACAUUCUGGGUAAACCCUUUCGGUCGUGCCUUCUCUUUGAUGACGAAAUCGGACCUGAUCCAAGUCGAUCACCACGGCAAGGUCAUUGAUGGUGGACCGAACCGGUUACUCAAUGCUGCGGCGUUCAUGAUUCACUCUGCGAUCCACGAGGCUAGGCCCGAUGUACUUUGUGCAGCGCAUAGCCAUAGUAUUCAUGGGCGCGCAUUCUGCUCGCUGGGUCGGCCGCUGGAUAUUAUUACGCAGGAUUCUUGCGCUUUCCAUAAUGACCAUGUCGUGUAUAAACAGUUCAACGGUGUCGUACUUGCCGAGGAAGAGGGUAAACAGAUCGCGAAAGAGCUGGGCGAUAAGAAAGCCGCCCUCCUACAGAAUCACGGUCUCCUGACCGUCGGAAAAUCAGUAGAAGAGACUGUCUUCUGGUUUGUCAGUUUGGAAAAGUGCUGCUACGCACAACUCCUCGCGGACGCAGCGGCAGCCGGUCGCGGAGGUGAGACGGUGAAAAUCGAUGAAGCUGACGCGGCAUUCACUUACAAGACGGUCGGAACACCGGUCGCGGGCUGGUUCAGUGCAAAGCCCUUGUUCGAUGUGAUUCAUGAAGAGAGCAAGGGGAAGUAUCUUGAUUAA